AUCCGCCUCCGCCUCCCAAACGCCAUUCUCAAACCGCCACCGCUCCCCGCCGGUGAACCCUCCCCCGCGGGCCCUGUCCCCGCCGAACGACGGUCGCCCCUCCACCUCGAAGGGUUAAUAAACUAGCACCACCAACUUAGGAGGGCCUGAUAGCAGCUCAAUCAGUGGAUGUGAAUAUUCUGCAUCCCAUUUAAGUUCUGCUUGAGAUGGCAGUUGGGAUGACAUCCCACCUCUUCCACGGAGGGACUACUACCAGCAGAUUUAGCCAAAUCAACAAAUUUAGAGGGCAGGAUUUAUUGGUUCAGAACGUGUUGGAUAGGAGCUACAGGCCCAUGCUUUAUGUGCCUUGUAGAUAUAGGGCCUCGGGCGCUAAAUCUUUUGCUUUGCCAGUGUCUUGGAAGGAAAUUCCGCUGGUCAAGAGCACGUCGUCAGCAUUGGCUAGGUCGUGUGACAGUUUACUUGCAAAUCCUGUCACUGCCCUUGUGGCACCUGCAGUUGGAAUAAUUGUCUUUGCCCUAUGGGGCUUUUUGCCUCUAGUGAAGGACAUUAGAAACCGUAUUGAUCAUGGAGGAAACUGGAAACAGAGCCCCACAUACCUAAUUUCUAGGUCCUACCUUCAACCUUUGCUUCUUUGGACAGGAGCAACGCUAAUCUGCAGGGGUUUGGAUCCAGUUGUGCUACGUUCAUCGGCAAGCCAAGCUGUUAAAACGCGUCUUGUAACUUUUGUGAGAUCUUUAUCUACCGUCCUGGCUGUUGCAUAUGUUCUUACAAGCUUGAUUCAGCAGGUACAUAGAUUCCUAGUGGACGUACGUAACCCCAAUGACACAAAAAAAAUGGGUUUGGAUUUUACCGUGAAAGCUAUCUAUACUGGCAUUUGGAUUGCUGCUGUUUCUCUCUUUAUGGAGUUGCUGGGUGUCAAUACCAAGAAGUGGAUAACUGCUGGAGGUUUUGGGACAGUAUUGCUUACUCUUGCUGGUCGUGAGAUUUUGACUAACUUCAUCUCGAGUGUUAUGAUCAACGCCUCACGCCCAUUUAUUGUGAAUGAAUGGAUCACUGCAAACAUAGAUGGUGUUGAGAUCACUGGUGUUGUUGAGCGUGUUGGUAUGUGGUCUCCAACAGUUCUUAGAGGUGACGACAAAGAAGCUAUAUACAUUCCUAACCAUAAGUUCACAGUGUCCAUAGUGAGAAAUAACACUCGAAGGAGCCACUGGCGUAUUAAGAGCUAUCUUGCGAUAAGCCACAUGGAUGCUGGAAAAAUCAGUAUAAUUGUUGCGGACAUGAGGAAAGUCUUGGCUAAAAAUCAGAAUAUAGAACAACAGAGGCUACAUAGAAGAGUAUUUUUUGAGAAAAUUGACGAAACGACCCAAGCUCUCAUGAUUUAUGUAUCCUGCUUUGUGAAGACUUCACAUCUUGAGGAGUAUCUGAAUGUCCAGGAGGAAGUUUUGUUGGAUUUUCUUAGAAUAGUUGGCCAUCACAGGGCAAGGCUUGCCACCCAAACUCGAACGGUCCAGAAAUCAUAUGGCAACGCAGACAUAGAUAACAUUCCUUUUGGAGAGGAGAUGUACACUCGUGUACGUGGCCGUCCACUUCUGAUUGACACCUCUGCAAAGGUCAGUGAAGGCAAGUCUAAAUCUAGAUCAACCUCACGUGAAGAUCAGAGAGUCAAGACAAGCGCAUCGGCUGAGGCCAGGGCAGGUUCACCAGAUAGUGCUAGUGUAAGCAACUCUGACAAGAAGGAACAGAAAAAGAUAGUGUCAGAAGAUGGUCCGAUGAAGAAUAGCAAGAAUGAUCAUGGGAUGUCAAGACAAGCAUCUCUGGCUGGUAAAGGGGAGCCUCGAGGAUCCGAGGCCACGGAGCGACAAGGAGAUGGGUCAGUUUCUCUUCCUAAUCCUAAGAAAGAAUCUAGACCUGGCCUGGAAGAUAACAUUGUUCUGGGUGUAGCACUUGAUGGCUCCAAGAGGACACUCCCCAUCGAACAAGGAACAGAUCCUCAUGCAUCCGAAAGCGAGCAAGGCACAGUUGAGGUUGGUUCAUUGCCGAAGGAUAAGAAAGGUCAAAGCCAUAUGCCAUGAGGGGGGUCGAUCAAGUCACCUAGAGAGGGCCGGCCACACGAACUUUGAUUCUUGACAGGCGAUACAAGCUCAAGCAGGGUCCUUGCCAGGGAUUCGUCACCAUGCCUACCUUUUUUGUGUGCUGGUGCAAAUGCUUUCUGCCGCGUCUUUU